AGAGCGUCUCUGGCCUUCCUGCCCAGCUUCGAGCAAGCAUGUUUUUCGAUCAGGUUGCUGAGGCUCAGGAGUUUGAGGUCAAGGGAGAGUCCGCCGAGGAGACCCUUGACAGCAUCCUGGAGGCGUCGGCGCAUGCUCCAGUCGGCGCUUUCACGGACCACCCCUUUGCUGGCCGUGUUGGUAAUGAGGUUUACGGCAAGGAGGAGAACCGGCAUAGUGGUGUAUCGCUACUCAACCAGGAUAAAGCCGACGCGAGGAAAAGUCGCAGUUCUCUGAACCUUCUACGCACUCGACGCAACUCAAGUGGCGAUGGACUGAAUAAAUUACAGAAGCGCAGUAGCACUCAUGACCUUAAUCGGCUGACCGUUCGAAACAGUAGCCACAUGAGUGUCGGGACUGGACCUCUCAACGAUGUCGCGACUGGACCUCUCAACGAUGUCGCGACUGGACCUCUCAAUGAUGUUGAUCAAUCAUACCACCAUCACGAGGAAGAUGAGGAUGAGGCAGGCGAGCACACACCGCUGCGCCACUCGCUCAACGACGACCGUCUCAAUGAUGAACGUGAGCACUUCCCUGAGAACCUGGAGGAAGGAGAAGAAGGGCUGCAUGAAGAGCCUCAAGGUCCUCAGUAUCAUGGUCCUCCAACAACCCUCCUCGCAGAACUACAGAUGCGUAAACAACUGCAGAAGAGUCGAAACGUGAACAACACAAACUUCUCUGCCGGUCUGCACUCGACUCUGCUAGAGCUCGAUGCGGUUGCCCAACUUGAGAAGAAGAAGCGCCAUAACGCUAAGGUCACCCUAGCUUGGGAAGACCCCGAUGCUCGACCUGCCGUCGAGGAAGACGACGAUGACGAGGUGCCUCUUGGAAUGCUGUUCCCCCAACGAGAUGGUCUUAUCAAUAAAGGACGGGACAAGCCGAUGGCUGCGGACUGGGAUCGUCCAUUGGGCCUGAUUGCACAACGAGAAUUGGAAGACAACGAACCUCUGAGCAAACGACGGCACAGAUUGCGUGGAGGUGACCCUCGACGUGGGCCCAGCCCUGUAAAGCGACUUGGAAUGUCUCAGCCCUCCCCGUCAAUGCCAAUACUUCCUGGUCAAGCCGCGACGCCGCCAGUCGAAGAGGAGGGCGAGGAGGAAACCCUCGCUGAACGAAAGCGCCGCCUUGCAGAUCGUCAGGCACUCGACAACGCUAUCGGCAACGUUGAGACACGUCCCAUCAGCGGCGAUUUCGCGAACGAGAUGAUGAGUCAGUUCGGCGGUCUCAACGAUGUUGAAAAGGAAAAACCAGUCGCCGCGCCGGCGGAUGAAGAAGAAGAGACGCUCGGUCAACGCCGUGCUCGACUCCGGGCUAAAGCUAUCGCACGAGGCGAUAAUCCCGAUGGUGCCGCGGGUGCCCUCUCACGUCCACCUCUCCGAGGCUCCCACAGCAUGGCAGACCUGCUUUCGGCACAUCCCUUAGGCCCACACUCCGCUCGCAAAGUAUCAAAUGAAGCGCUAAUCUCUAGCCUUCCUCCAGGAAGCCUGCUCCAGCAGAGCGAGAUCAAGCGAACUCGCCAGAAGGCUGACCUCUUGGAGACCAACAAGCGAAGCACAAGCUACGGCCUCGACAAGCCGCUCAUCGGCGACCUCGGAAACAUCCAAGACCCAUCCCUCGCCGCGAAACCCACUCCCUUCAAAGGCGGCAUAUACAACAACGGCAUGGGCGGCGUCGGUGGCGCCGUAGCCUCCCCGCAGCCCGCCCAACCGAACGGCUACUUCCCGAUGGCCAACAUGGGCUUGCCUACGAGCAUGUCGAUGAACUUCACGCAGCCGAGCUACUUCCCGCAGCCCAGCUUGAUGCCCCAGCAGAUGAUGGGCAUGGGUAUGGGCAUGCAAGCACCAGGGUACCCACAGCCGGGCUUUGGCGGCUAUCCGCAGAUGAGCAUGCAGCAGAUGCAGCAGAUGAGCCUGGCGAUGCAGCAGCCGUAUGAUCCGGCGAUGGAUGCAAGACAGCGGGAUAUGAUUGAUCGGUGGAGGCAGAGUAUUAUGCCUUAGUAGAACAGGAGUAUAGACGGAGUGGGUUGAUUUAGGCAAGGUUAGGGAUAGGAUGGCUCUUGUAUUGUACGACUAAGUUUGCAUGACGGAGCCUGCGGGCGGGCGUUUCGGAAGCUGGUAAGCUGAGGGCUACUGCUGGUCUGGUUGUCAUGAGGUUGGGGGUCUUAUUAACCUAUUAAUUUGAGCGUUUUUGUGUGCGGCGAGCAGAGAUUUAGCGAAGCGUAUGUAGUCGCACAGAAAUGAAAGAUUCGUCCCAAGUC